AUGAAGGCGGUGACUCUUGGCCUGGUUGCUGUCAGCGUGUUGGUCCACAGUGUGACAGCACUUACGUUAGAAAGGAAGAAUGACAGCCCAGUCGGUGCCGAUGCCCCGGAUGAUAGCCUCACACCAAUUCCGAUCCAAAGUGGCAACGAAGGCAGCGUCACCUGCAACGAAUGCAUCACGGAUCCAGGAAUAUGUUGUCCCGUCCAAUGCCAGAGUGAUGGCCACUGCCCGAGCAAUGCAAUCGAGAAUGCAGGAUGGCUUAUCGACGGCAUGAAGAUCACCAGCAACUCGAAGAAACAUUAG